AGUACCCUAGCUCGUGCGACCCGCGGAGUACCGAGAACCGUGCUUCUAUACUCGUCCAUAUUUUUUGGUUAUAGUAUCUCUACUGUAUACUGUACUGAAUGUCACUCUGGUUCCCCUUCAAUUCACGCAUAAAGAUAUACAGUUUAUUGUGACUUUUUUAAAGUUAUGUGAAAGUAUUAUUUUUUAUAAAAGAAAGUCGUAGAGAGAUUACAAAGUUCGAACAAAAAUUAAUCCUUCAAUAAAUUAUUUUGGACAUUGCAGCCAAAUGGGUGUUGGAAAUAAGACGGAACAGAGAUUACUAUUAUCUUAUUGUUCCUUCACUUGCAUCUACCUUUCUGGAAUUUUGACAUUAGUGAAAUACAAUGAUAAUUUACGCAAUGUCGGUAAAUACAAAUUUUUACCCGUACUACUGAUAUUAAUGUUUGCUGAAGUGAUAAAAUUAUUAUUUCCUAUGCUUCAAAUAGAGGUACCUAUUAAUAAAAUUGAACAACGAAAUUCACCAAAAAUUAAAAGAUCUUGGAUGAAGAACCUGAGAGAGAUCUUCAAGUUCUCGCUCACUGCAUUUGCAUUGUCAAUCAUUUAUUACGUAAUGAUUGUAUUGUUCGGUGCACCCAUAAUGACUGAUCAUGAAGAAACAACAAUGCUUGUAAUCACAUUGAUUAUUUUAACUUUUGUCGCUACCAGUCUGCACUUAGGAGUGGAUAAUGCAUUGGAUGUUUUAAUGGGAUCUUAUUUUCAAAAGAACAAUAUCCUUGCAAAUGCUCUAAGGACCAACAUACAAGCGACAAUAUUAGGCACAUGGCUAGGUGCUAUUGUGAGUCCUUUGGAUUGGGAUCGUCCUUGGCAAACUUGGCCAAUUCCUUGUGUAAUUGGUGCACUGCUUGGCUAUUUAAUCGCUCACUUUAUUACUCUUGUCAAGAUGCUUCCUGCACCCAAAUUACAUAGAAAGAUUCAUCGAUGAUAAUAAAAGUUGUUAAAAAUUA